AUGUGGAAAGGUGUAUACUUACUUUGCCUUCCGGUGGUCAUAGCCAUAGAAUUGACAUUUGAACUGCCUGACAAUGCCAAUCAGUGUUUUUAUGAAGACCUGAAAGCCGGCCUGGACAGUGUGAUCGAAUUCCAGGUGCGUGAAGUUCGUCGUUUCCACUACGUUUUUAGGUUGUUACUGGUGGUCAAUAUGACGUGGACAUGGUGUUGGAAGAUCCUCAGGGAAAGGUCCUCUACAAGCAACCGAGGAAACAAUAUGAUUCCCAUCAGUUCAAGACCGAGGUUCCCGGCACUUACAAGGUGUGCUUCUCCAACGAAUUUUCAACUUUUUCGCACAAAAUUGUCUACAUGGAUUGGCAAGUGGGUGAUGAAAUAACUGGAGGACAAAGACCUGGAGCCAAGGAAAGUCCUGUUAAACAUACUGCCGUUGGAAAUUUGGAGAGGAGUGCGCAGACAAUCGGGGAUCACUUGAGGUCCGUCGACGACUAUCAGACCCAUCACCGCCUUAGGGAAGCUACCGGUCGGCGACGGGCAGAAGAUCUGAACGAACGGGUGUUAUAUUGGUCAUUGGGUCAAACCGCCGUGGUCAUUAUCAGUAGUAUUGUUCAGGUAGGGAAGUUUGUUAGUGGUUUUAUUAGAAUUUUUUAGGUUAUUUUGUUGAAAUCAUUCUUCCAAGACAAACGAACGAGGUCGUAA